AUGUCAGCUCAAUCUGGUAUCUCAGCCAGUGCAGAGCUAUCUGAAUCAUUCAAGACUUUUAUUGAUAAGAAACAAUCAAUUUUAUUAGCAUAUAUCUAUGAUGAAGAAGUCAAGUUGUCAAAUAUUAUUGAAGGUUCAUCUUCAUUAAAAAAUGAUUUCAAUGAACUCAAAGAUCUUGUUGAUGAUUCAAAACCUCAAUAUAUCAUCAUAAAACAUGAUUAUAAUGACAAAUUAUACUCUUUUGUUUCUUUUGUUCCAGAUUAUGCUGCAGUAAAGGAUAAGAUGCUUUACGCUUCAUCCAAAAACACCUUGAUUAGAGCAUUAGGUUCAGAGUUUUUCACACACAUCUUAUUUUGGAACUCAGUUGAUGAAGUAAGUUAUGAAAAUUGGAAACAAUCAGCUUCUGGUGAUGCUGCUUCUAAUUCAUUAUCAACAAGUGAAAAAGAAUUACAGGAUGUUAAAGAUUUAGAAUUUGAAACAGUUGUUAAUACAUCAACAAAAAGACAAUUGGUCAAUCAUAAGAACGAGUUAUCUUUCAAAUUCAACCCAAAUGCAAAGAUCAAUCCUGAAGCAAACACAUUAUAUUCAUUCAAUAUCGAUAUACCAAAAGAGGAAAUUUUCCUUUCAAAUACUUCAUCAGUUUCAACACCAAAGGAUUUAUUAACUACAAUUUCAUCAGAAUCACCACAAUUUAAUAUAGUUAAAUUCAGCACAAAGACAUUUUUCAUAUAUACAUGUCCUUCAGGUUCAAAAGUUAAAGAACGUAUGAUUUACGCUUCAAAUAAACAAGGUGUUAUAAAUCAUUUUAAACAAUUCUUUACAAUUGAUAAAGCUCUGGAAGCUGGUGAUGCAAUUGAAUUAGAACUAUCUGAGUUUGGUUCUGAAAACGAAAAUGAAGAUUCUUCAGCUGCUACAAAGCCAAAAUUCAAUAGACCUACAAGACCAGGUCGUAGAAGAUGA